UAUGUUCUCCUCCCUCUCUCAUGUUAAAUAGAUUACAGGGGAUUCACUUAUUUAAAGGCUUCGACAAAAGCUGUGUGUGCAAUAUUUUUAGGUUGGCUUAGAGAAAUUUAACCCACACAUUGUGAGCACAAAACUGGAGGAAUCUAAUUACAACCUACCAAGCCAAACCCAGCCCAUCCUACACAGUCUGGAGACGGGACCUCACAUUGCCUUCCACGAAAGACUUCCUCAGUAGCUCCAGGAAAACAUCAGCUGCAGCAGCCUCGUCUGACCGUACGCCGACUGCAGCCUGGUGCAUUUUUUCUUUGCAGGAGACAGGAGCCUCACCGAGAGCUCCGCACACCGGUUCCCAAGCUGUCUCUUCGGCUGCUUCCCGCGAUUAUUAUGGACAAUGACGAGGACGAUGAUGGGAACUUCACCAAGUGGAUGAGCAGUUACUGGGGACAUGGGGUAGGGGAUGAACACACCAAAGAUAGGAAAAGGAGUUUUAAGAGGCCCUCGCGCAACAAAGCUGACCGCCGUGCCUCUUUGCCCUGCAUGUCUCAGUUGGAAGCCAUUCAGACGAAUCAUCUCCAUGCAAACAACAUGGUCCCUGUCCCUGUCCACCUAAAGGGCCGUGAGGAGAAGGAAAUGCAUUCACAUCCUCGUGCCCGCCGUGUGUCUUCAGAUGAAAACAGCCGACCCAAAGCGGGGGGACCUGAAAGUCACAUCAGCACCAUUCCAGAGCUCACUAAGUGCUUAGAGAAGAGGCUGCGUUUCAGUAACCAGAAGGGUGAUGCAGAAAGCAUAUCUCUUAUUUGCCAUGAAGAACUACGGAAUGGAAGGGGUGGCAUCCUAGAACUUCACUGUGGCCAUCAUUUUCAUAAAGAGAUAAAAUGGCCAGAGCAUGGCACACGUCCUCGUAGUGGGAGUUCUGCACCUGCUUGUGAGCGAAGAAAAGAGAUACCGUUCUGCCCUGGACAGGAGGAAUAUCGCUUACCCCAUCGCCAGUUCUCUUUACGUAGACAACGUUGAUUGUUUUCAGUUUAACAUACACUCUAAAAAAUAAAGGUUCUUUAUUGGCUUCAACGGUUCCAUGCAGAACUUGUACCCUUUAUGUGGAACUUUUCUAUUGCAAAAAAGGUUCUUAAUAGUGGAAAAGGGUUCUUUAGGUUAUUAAAAUAUUACUUUUUAAAAGUAACCUUUUUUGAUUUUUAAGUGUACUGUAUGUAUGAAUAGUAUACAGUAAUCACUCAGUAUAUUAUCAAAAUACUUUUAAUUGUCAGUUACAAAAUGAACCACAUCUCUUGUUUACAGGAAAGUUUAGUCUUUUCCCCCCUUUUGAAAUCAAAAAAGCAAAGAGCAAUAGUAAUUACCAGCAUCACCCCCC